AUGUCCUCCUGUAAAUGUCAGAACUGUGGAGGCUUAGUCCAGGGUCCCAAUGGUACCAUCGAGAGCCCAGGAUUUCCGCAUGGUUAUCCAAACUACGCCAACUGCACGUGGAUAAUUAUCACAGGAGAACGUAAUCGGAUACAAUUGUCAUUUCAUACUUUUGCUCUUGAAGAAGACUUUGAUAUUUUAUCAGUUUACGACGGACAGCUCCAACAAGGGAAUUUGAAAGUGAGAUUGUCGGGAUUUCAGCUGCCAUCCUCCAUAGUGAGCACGGGAUCUAUCCUCACACUGUGGUUCACAACAGACUUCGCCGUGAGCGCCCAAGGUUUCAAAGCCCUGUAUGAAGUGUUACCCAGCCAUACGUGUGGAAAUCCUGGGGAGAUCCUGAAAGGAGUUCUCCAUGGCACCCGAUUCAACAUAGGAGACAAGAUCCGAUACAGCUGUGUCUCCGGCUACAUCUUGGAAGGUCAUGCAAUUCUGACCUGCAUCGUCAGCCCUGGGAACGGCGCCUCCUGGGACUUUCCAGCUCCAUUCUGCAGGGCUGAGGGAGCCUGUGGAGGGACUCUGCGAGGGACCAGCAGCACCAUCUCCAGCCCGCACUUCCCCUCAGAAUACGGGAACAAUGCGGACUGCACCUGGACCAUCCUCGCUGAGCCCGGGGACACCAUUGCCUUGGUCUUCACUGACUUCCAAUUAGAAGAAGGAUACGAUUUCUUAGAGAUCAGUGGAACAGAAGCACCGUCCAUAUGGCUGACUGGCAUGAACCUUCCUUCUCCUGUUAUAAGCAGCAAGAACUGGUUACGACUGCAUUUCACAUCUGACAGCAACCAUCGGCGCAAAGGAUUUAACGCACAAUUUCAAGUGAAAAAGGCAAUUGAAUUGAAGUCAAGAGGAGUCAAGAUGAUGCCCGGCAAGGACAGUAGCCAUAAAAACUCCGUCCUGAGUCAAGGGGGCGUUGCGCUGGUCUCUGACAUGUGUCCGGAUCCCGGGAUCCCGGAAAACGGAAGAAGAGCUGGUAACGACUUCAGGGUUGGUGCCAGUGUCCAGUUCUCCUGUGAGGACAAUUACGUGCUCCAGGGCUCCAAGAGCAUAACCUGCCAGAGGGUCACCGAGACACUGGCCGCCUGGAGCGACCACCGGCCCAUCUGCCGAGCUAGAACAUGCGGAUCCAAUCUGCGUGGGCCCAGCGGCAUCAUCACCUCCCCAAAUUACCCGGUUCAGUACGAAGACAACGCCCAGUGCGUGUGGGUCAUCACCACAAGCGAUCCGGACAAGGUCAUCAAGCUCGCGUUCGAGGAGUUCGAACUGGAGCGCGGCUACGACACGCUGACAGUGGGCGACGCCGGCAAAGUGGGCGACGCCAGGACGGUCUUGUACGUACUCACCGGCUCCAGCGUCCCGGACCUGAUCGUGAGCAUGAGCAACCAGAUGUGGCUGCACCUGCAGUCCGACGACAGCAUCGCCUCGCCGGGGUUUAAGGCUGUCUACCAAGGUAUGGCCGGGGUGUGCUUACCGACACCAGAAACAAGCACUCGUGCGGAGGGCAAGAAUCGUCCUCGAUGCGUUAGACAUAAAUACGUUUGGCAUGUCACAGUAGUGUUUAAAAAUAGGGCUCCUGAGGAUGUGGUGGCUUCCCGGUCAUCACGUAGAGCGGUUAUUCCGGGGCCUCUGGUCCAUCUAGUAGAGCGGUACCCCGUGGCCUCCUGGCCAUCGAAGUCCCUGUCACACCCCCACCGCAACACACCCAGAAUCCCUGUCCUGGUGAAGGUCGGGUCAGAACAGCAGGUGCCCCUGAGGUCUGUCUGCUCCAGCGCAGACACAAAGCCCCAAGGACAGCACCAGUGUCACGUCCUCAUGCUGAGGGCUGAGGACAGCUUGGAGAGUUUGCUGCCAUUGGUACCCUUGCUCCGCACCUCGCUGUCAAAGCGCUGCACUCAGUCUCUCGCGGUGUGCACAGUGCAGCAGGAAAUAAUUCUGCAUCUCAUAACCGGCGGCACCGAGACUGGUGUCAUUGCAGGUAGUGACCCGGGGAGUGCAGAGAAGCGCAGGGAGGUGGGUGGAGGCUUGGAGACUGAGGGCGUUGGGGACACGGGCCUCAGAGCCUGUGUGUCCGCAGGGAGGAGAGCAGAGGGGAAGCAGGGUCAACCCUGUGGCCGUCUGAGGAAUGUCCCAGCAGGAAGCCCCACACGUGCGGCGUCACAGGUCGGGUUGGUGUGCAGGGUGCCGUGUGGAAAGGCAGGAAGGCCGAGGUUCGCGGUGGGAGAGAGUGGAAUGGGGGAGCCGUCUGCAGUUCGGCAGGAGCAAGGCCACGAGGGGUCCACACCCUGCACGGCCUUCUGGCCUGGGCAGCCCGUGCAGUGGGCAGGGGCAGUGGCCGAUACCACCUUCUGUUGGAGGAACAAAGGAGUCUUUGUGCAGGUGCGGAGGAUGACAGCAGGUUCAGGAGAUGAGACAGGGCUGAGGGAGGAGGGAGACCGCCGUGGUGUGAGCUGGGGUGGCCUGGGCAGACACCUGCAGCCCCCCAGGUGUGCUGUGAGGAUGGAAGCUCUGGGCAGACACCCGCAGCCCCCCCAGGUGUGCUGUGAGGCCGGGAUGCUGGGGGCAGACACCUGCAGCCCCCCAGACACCCGCAGUCCCUGCUGCUUCCGGUCCCGGGGUUGGGAGUGCCGUGGGGAGGAGCUGAAGGGCGGGCAGCUGAUCCGGGCAUAUUGUUUGGCCAUCACAUCUGCGUUCCCUCGUCCCCUGACCUCUUGCUGCCAGGAUGGGGGGCAGCACCCUGCCCCCUGGGUGUCACCGGUGGGGAGCGACAGAGGGGCCCCAGGAGAGGUGUUCAUCUCCGGACCCUGGGCGUGUAGGACGCCCCUAGGCAGCCCCCCCUCUCUGCUAGCAGCCCCUCCCUGGAGCCAUCAUGCUGGGGUGACCCCUGCUACUGGCCCGGGGCACAGUCUUAACUCGCCCCUGCAGUUCGCUCACACCCAACCACAGAUGUGUCCACAGCUCGUCACCGAGGCCGCCUCCGUCCACCAGGCAGAGUGUACAGUCCCUCCCCGGACACUGCCGGGUAGCCGAGGCAAACCCAGCGCAGCCCUCACUCCUCGGCCGUGCUGGGCUCCAGCUGCGAACACCCCCCCCCCCGUGGUCUCCUCUGGCCAGUCCAGCGCUCGCAGGUCACAGGGCCCCGACCUCAGUGUCACCUGCACCCGCGAGAGCCUGCUCUGGUCUUACGUUGGACUCCUACCCCCGGCAGUUCCCGCCCUGGGCUGUCUGCAGUGCUGCGCGGCUCUGGGAGCGUUCAGGGCCACGUGCGCCCUGUCUUACGGACUGUUCUCUGAAUGGCAGAAACCUACUGCUGCGGUGAACACGGGGGUGCCCCUGUCUCUUCAGGACGAUGAUUUCGUUUCUUCAGAUACGUAUCCAGAAGGAGGACGGUGGGUCUCUGACACCGUGGCAGACGGCGGGGGACAGGAUGGUGUGACCCUGUGGAGCAAUGACAACGUGAACCGUCCACUCAGCCUUCCCAGGACUAACGGCCUUGACCCUCAGGCUGAACAUGGUGAGUGGUGUAGCCGACAGAGCGCAAGGCAGGCUCCUUCAUCCACCCUAAUCCCCAGCGUCCCUUGCGUGCUCUCCUGCGGCAACUUGCUGGUCCAGGAGAACCGUCCCUCUCCUAAAAGAUGGAGAAGUAAAGGACCAAGCUUGGGCCCUCCAGAGAGCGGGAGUGGCAUUGGACGUGAGGACUUGGUCUACAGGGAGCAGCUUGAUGACUCCCUCCUGUGUCCUGAAGAACUUGUUACCAGAGGUUUCCAGAAGCUCCAUUUUCGUCCUCCUGUGUGCCAGCUACUCCUCCUUCUCACCCGUCUGACAAUCCCCACCCACGGAACACCCCCAGGCUUCUAUCCGCACCGUGAGCAGGGCCCUCCCGUCCUCACAUGGUCAGACAGUUUCCCGGGAACCAAACCCCAGCUCGCUGCCCUUGUGGGAAGCCUUGAGACCCAGCAGCACUUUGUGCCAAGAGACCACACCCCACGGGACGUUGGCCCCCAAGUCCCGGAAGCAGCCAAAGGCAAUCCUAAAGCAACGAAAUUCGCAGUGUUUAAGGACGCUCAGCAUUGCUCUCUGGCCUGUGACAAAGAGCAGCUUAGUGUGCGAGAUGACCCCGCUGGUUUUGUGCUGGGGCAGCUUCUGCGCAGGUUUACUGCACAUGUCCUGGGCUGGGUCCUGUCCUGCUCGCUGCUGCCCUCCUUCCGAGGCAGCGUCUUCACAGUGCAGCUGCUCGAAUGUGAGAGUGGGAGGGCGGAGCUCCGUGCGCGCUGCUGCUCUGCGCGCAGUGUGGCCGCUCCACUGGGUGCUGCCCGUGGCUGGAUGGCUCUGGACCCAGCCCAGCUGCGUGUGAGAUCCCCGCGGUGCCUCCAAGGCACUGACCUGCAGGAUCAACACUCGGGGCCGGACACCGUGUCCUUUCCGCCGCCUGUUUUCAUUUUAAAGACCUUUGCCGCUGAGUACGGAUUGUGUUCAUCGCUGGCGGACAUAGUCCGUACUGUCUAUUUUCUGCUGACUGCCCCAAGCCGCAAACUUCACAAGGUCCGUGAUUUGGUCUGUUUGCUUGUUCCUUACACCUCACAGCUAGAACAGUCCAUGGGCUGUGCUCCAAAUAUUAGUCACAGGCUAAAAUGGUGGGCAAAGGCUAGUAGCUCUUUGUACGGAAGAAAACACAUCGGCAGCCUGCCUUCUAGCCAGAAGCCUGCUGGACCCGUGAACGUCAGCAUCGUUGGUGGAAAUGAGCGACCACAGGAUGCUUUUGACCCCCCGCAUGAGGAGCAGAGCAAUCUCCGUCUGCAUCCACACUGCGUCUCCUGUUUCUUCAACUUCACGGCGUCGUCGGGGAUCAUCCUGUCCCCCAACUACCCCGAGGAGUACGGCAACAACAUGAACUGCGUGUGGCUGAUCAUCUCUGACCCCGGGAGCAGGAUCCACCUCAUCUUCAACGACUUCGAUGUGGAGCCGCAGUUUGAUUUCCUGGCCAUCAAGGACGACGGGGCUUCCGACGUCACCGUCCUCGGCACGUUCUCGGGCCACGAGGUGCCCUCCCAGCUGGCCAGCAGCGGGCACGUCGUCCGCCUGGAGUUCCAGUCCGACCACUCCACGACCGGCAGGGGCUUCAACAUCACCUACACCACAUUUGGUCAGAACGAGUGCCACGAUCCUGGCAUUCCCAUAAAUGGGCGACGUUUUGGGGACAGAUUUCUGCUUGGGAGCUCAGUUUCCUUCCAAUGUGACGAUGGCUUUGUCAAAACGCAGGGCUCGGAGUCUGUCACCUGUGUCCUGCAGGAUGGACACGUGGUCUGGAGCGCCGCCGCCCCCCGCUGCGAAGCCCCGUGUGGCGGACACCUGACGGCGUCCAGUGGACUCAUUCUGCCUCCCGGAUGGCCAGGGUACUAUAAGGAUUCUCUGAACUGUGAAUGGAUCAUUGAAGCCAAGCCCGGACACUCCAUCAAGAUCACUUUCGAUAGGUUCCAGACCGAGGUCAACUACGACACGCUGGAGGUCCGGGACGGGCCGUCCAGCUCGUCCCCGCUGAUCGGCGAGUAUCACGGCACGCAGGCGCCCCAGUUCCUCAUCAGCACGGGCCCCUUCAUGUACCUGCUGUUCACCACGGACAACAGCCGCUCGAGCGUCGGCUUCCUCAUCCACUACGAGAGUGUGACUCUGGACUCGGACUCCUGCCUGGACCCAGGAAUCCCCGUGAACGGCCAUCGGCACGGCAGCCAUUUUGGCAUCAGGUCCACGGUGACGUUCAGCUGCGAUCCGGGGUACACGCUGAGCGACGACGAGCCCCUGGUCUGUGAGCGGAGCCAUCAGUGGAACCACGCCCUGCCCAGCUGUGACGCGCUCUGUGGAGGCUACAUCCAUGGGCAGAGUGGAACGGUCCUUUCCCCUGGGUUCCCGGAUUUUUACCCCAACUCCCUGAACUGCACAUGGACCAUUGAAGUGUCUCACGGAAAAGGAGUUCAGAUGAUCUUUCACACUUUCCACCUUGAAAGCUCCCAUGACUAUUUGCUGAUCACAGAGGACGGGAGUUUCACCGAGCCGGUGGCCAGACUCACGGGGUCCGUGUUGCCUCACACCAUUAAGGCUGGUUUGUUUGGAAACUUCACCGCCCAGCUGCGGUUCAUUUCAGACUUUUCCAUUUCCUACGAGGGCUUCAACAUCACGUUUUCAGAAUACGAUCUGGAGCCGUGUGACGACCCCGGCGUCCCCGCCUUCAGCCGGAGAAUCGGGUUCCACUUCGGAGUCGGGGACACGCUGACCUUCUCCUGCUUCCCGGGGUAUCGCUUGGAAGGUGCCACCAAGCUGACGUGCCUGGGCGGGGGCCGCCGCGUGUGGAGCGCACCUCUGCCAAGGUGUGUGGCUGAAUGUGGAGCAACUGUCAAAGGAAAUGAAGGAACGUUGCUGUCUCCAAACUUCCCAUCGAAUUAUGAUAAUAACCACGAGUGUAUCUAUAAGAUAGAAACAGAAGCUGGCAAGGGGGUCCAUCUCCGAGCACGGAGCUUCCGGCUGCUCGAAGGAGACGUUCUGAAGGUAUAUGAUGGAAAAGACAGCUCAUCACGUCCGUUGGGGUCCUUCACUAAGAGUGAGCUGAUGGGACUGGUCCUGAACAGCACCUCCAACCACCUGUGGCUGGAAUUCAACACCAACGGGUCCGACACCGACCAGGGCUUCCAGCUCACCUAUACGAGUUUUGACCUAGUAAAGUGUGAGGAUCCGGGAGUCCCUAACUAUGGCUACAGGAUCCGAGAUGAGGGCCACUUCACGGACACCGUCGUGCAGUACAGCUGUAACCCAGGCUACGCCAUGCACGGCAGCAGCAGCCUGACCUGCCUGAGUGGCGACCGGAGAGUGUGGGACAAGCCACUGCCUUCCUGUGUGGCGGAGUGUGGUGGUCACAUCCACGCUGCCACCUCAGGGCGCAUCCUGUCUCCUGGCUACCCCGCUCCCUAUGACAACAACCUGCACUGCACCUGGACCAUCGAGGCGGACCCGGGGAAGACCAUCAGCCUGCACUUCAUCGUCUUUGACACCGAGACGGCCCACGACAUCCUGAAGGUGUGGGACGGCCCCGUGGACGGCGGCAUCCUGCUGAAAGAGUGGAGCGGCUCCCUGCUCCCCGAGGACGUCCACAGCACCUUCAGCUCGCUCAGCCUGCAGUUCGACAGCGACUUCUUCAUCAGCAAGUCGGGCUUCUCCGUCCAGUUCUCAACGUCCAUCGCGUCCACGUGCAAUGACCCUGGCAUGCCUCAGAACGGCACCCGCUACGGGGACAGUAGGGAGCCGGGGGACACCAUCACCUUCCAGUGUGACCCCGGGUACCAGCUCCAAGGACAAGCUAAGACCACCUGUGUGCAGCUCAACAACCGGUUCUUCUGGCAGCCCGACCCUCCCACCUGCAUAGCUGCGUGUGGAGGGAACCUGACCGGCCCAGCGGGUGUGAUCCUGUCACCUAACUACCCACAGCCAUAUCCUCCCGGGAAAGAAUGCGACUGGAGAAUAAAAGUGAAUCCAGACUUUGUCAUCGCCUUGAUAUUCAAAAGUUUCAACAUGGAGCCCAGCUAUGAUUUCCUACAUAUCUAUGAAGGAGAAGAUUCCAACAGGCCUCUCCUCGGAAGUUUCCAGGGCUCUCAAGCCCCAGAGAGAAUAGAGAGCAGUGGAAAUAGUCUGUUUCUGGCCUUUCGGAGCGACGCGUCUGUGGGCUUGUCGGGGUUCGCCAUUGAGUUUAAAGAGAAGCCCCGGGAGGCCUGUUUCGACCCUGGAAAUAUCAUGAACGGGACACGGAUCGGCACGGACUUCAAGCUGGGCUCGACCGUGACUUACCAGUGUGACUCUGGCUACAAGAUCGUGGACCCGUCCUCCAUCACGUGCGUGAUUGGGGCCGACGGGAAGCCCGCCUGGAGCCAGGCCCUGCCUUCCUGCAGCGCUCCCUGUGGAGGGCAGUACUCGGGAUCGGAAGGAGUCGUCCUGUCCCCAAACUACCCUCAUAACUACACGGCCGGCCAGAUAUGCUCCUACUCCAUAACGGUGCCAAAGGAGUUUGUGGUGUUUGGGCAGUUUGCCUAUUUCCAGACGGCGCUGAAUGAUUUGGCAGAGUUAUUUGACGGGACACACCCACAGGCCAGACUUCUCAGCUCCCUCUCUGGCUCCCAUUCAGGUGAAACCUUGCCCCUGGCGACGUCCAAUCAGAUUCUCCUCCGGUUCAGCGCCAAGAGCGGCUCCUCGGCCCGCGGGUUCCACUUCGUUUACCAAGUGCAGGAACUUGAAAAACCUACCUGUAAACUGUUGACAGGCCUUCAGAAGCGGGAGCAGGUCUCUGGGUGUAGCAGCGACGGCUGUGAGGAUGUGCGAGGUCGCCUCUGCGGGGACAGGCUGUGCCCCAAUAGGAAGAAGUGCUUCGUUCUUCUAGGCCUCAGGUGUGGGCGGAGGCCGAGAAGACCCAGCGCAUUGCAGUGCCGGUUAGGCUCAGAUGUCAUUCCCGGGCCGCCUUGCGUCCCCCGUGGAUUCAGCCCCUGCGUAUGGCAGCCGUGUGACAGUCAGGCUGCCGUUGGAACCUGCCAUGAACGGACAUCUGGAGACCCCCUGCAGUUCCCCUGCAGCGGGAAUUUCACUCAGCGCAGAGGUACCAUUUUAUCCCCUGGCUACCCUGAACCGUAUGGCAACAACUUGAACUGUGUCUGGAAAAUCAUAGUUACGGAGGGGUCGGGAAUCCAGAUUCAAGUGAUCAGUUUUGCCACGGAGCAGAACUGGGACUCCCUGGAGAUUUACGACGGAGCGGACAUGACCGCGCCCAGGCUGGGAAGCUUCUCAGGAACCACGGUCCCAGCGCUUCUGAACAGCACGUCCAACCAGCUCUGCCUCCACUUCCAGUCUGACAUUAGCGUGGCGGCCGCGGGAUUCCACCUGGAGUACAAAACUGUGGGUCUUGCUGCUUGCCAGGAACCGGCCCUCCCCAGCAACGGCAUCAAAACAGGAGACCGGUACAUGGUGAAUGACGUCCUCUCCUUCCAGUGCGAACCCGGCUACACCCUGCAGGGCCGUUCGCACAUUUCCUGUAUGCCGGGGACCGUCCGCCGUUGGAACUACCCGUCUCCCCUUUGCAUCGCCACCUGCGGAGGGACGCUGAGCAGCAUGGGGGGCGUGGUGUUGAGCCCAGGCUUUCCGGGCGCCUACCCCAACAACCUGGACUGCACCUGGAAGAUCGAGCUGCCCAUUGGCUACGGGGCGCACAUUCAGUUUCUGAACUUUUCUACCGAAGCGAAUCACGACUACCUUGAGAUUCAGAACGGGCCGCACCACAGCAGCCCCCUGAUCGGGCAGUUCAGCGGCUCGGAGCCCCCCGCCGCCCUGCUCAGCACCACGCACGAAACGCUCAUCCACUUCUACAGCGACCACUCCCAGAACCGGCAAGGGUUCAAACUCGCCUACCAAGCCUAUGAGUUACAGAACUGCCCGGAGCCGCCUCCUUUUCAGAAUGGUUACAUGGUCAGCUCGGACUACAGUGUGGGGCAGUCUGUAUCUUUUGAGUGCUACCCUGGGUACAUUUUAAUCGGCCACCCCGUCCUCACCUGCCAGCACGGGAUCAACAGAAACUGGAAUUAUCCUUUUCCAAGAUGCGACGCUCCUUGUGGGUAUAACGUAACCUCUCAGAACGGCACCAUCUACUCCCCGGGGUUUCCGGAUGAGUACCCCAUCCUGAAGGACUGCAUCUGGCUCAUCACCGUGCCUGCCGGCCACGGGGUCUACAUCAACUUCACCUUGCUGCAGACCGAGGCCGUUAACGACUACAUUGCCGUUUGGGACGGGCCUGAUCAGAACGCCCCUCAGCUGGGGGUCUUCAGUGGGAACACAGCCCUGGAAACCGCCUACAGCUCCACCAACCAAGUCCUGCUCAAGUUCCACAGCGACUUUUCAAAUGGAGGCUUCUUUGUUCUCAAUUUUCACGCAUUUCAGCUCAAGAAAUGCCGGCCUCCCCCCGCCGUUCCACAGGCAGAAAUGCUCACUGAGGAUGAGGAUUUUGAAAUAGGGGAUUUUGUGAAGUACCAGUGCCACCCGGGGUACACGCUGUCAGGGACCGACACGCUGGCCUGCAGGCUCAGUUCCCAGCUGCAGUUCGAAGGCUCGCCCCCAACGUGUGAAGCACAAUGCCCAGCAAAUGAAGUCCGUACAGAAUCUUCUGGAGUCAUCCUCAGCCCGGGUUACCCUGGCAACUACUUUAACUCCCAGACAUGCUCCUGGAGCAUUAAAGUAGACCCGAACUACAACAUCACCAUCUUUGUGGACACGUUUCAGAGUGAAAAGCAGUUUGACGCAUUGGAAGUGUUUGAUGGUUCUUCUGGUCAGAGCCCUCUGUUAGUGGUCCUGAGUGGGAACCACACGGAACAAUCAAAUUUUACAAGCAAGAGUAAUCAGUUAUAUCUUCGCUGGUCCACUGAUCAUGCAACCAGCAAGAAAGGAUUCAAAAUUCGAUAUACAGCUCCCUACUGCAGCCUGACCCACACCCCGAAGAACGGAGGCGUUCUAAACAGGACCACAGGAGCAGUUGGAAGUCAAGUGCAUUACUUCUGCAAGCCUGGGUAUCGAAUGAUCGGCCACAGCAAUGCCACCUGUAGACGGAACCCACUCGGCAUGUAUCAGUGGGAUUCCCUCACCCCACUCUGCCAGGCCGUGUCCUGCGGAAUCCCCGAGGCCCCGGGAAACGGCUCGUUUACGGGCAGCGAGUUCACGUUGGACAGUAAGGUGACCUACGAGUGUGACGAGGGCUUCACGCUGGCGGCGGGCCAGCACGCGGCGGCCGUGUGCCGGGAAGACGGGCUGUGGAACAACACCGGGAGGCCCCCUGCGUGCACACCGGUCACCUGUCCUGGCAUCGAAGCUCAGCUCUUGGAGCACGUCACCUGGAGACUGGUGUCGGGGUCGCUGAAUGAGUAUGGAGCGCAGGUGGUUCUCAGCUGCAGCCCGGGCUACUACCUGGAGGGCCAGAGGCUCGUGCAGUGCGAAGCCAACGGAACGUGGAGCCUGGGCGAGGAGAGACCACGGUGUAGAGUGAUCUCAUGUGGAAGUCUCUCCUUUCCGCCAAAUGGUAACAAGAUUGGCACGCUCACGGUUUACGGGGCCACAGCUAUAUUUACGUGCAACACGGGCUACACGCUGGUGGGGUCUCACGUCAGAGAAUGCUUAGCAAAUGGACUUUGGAGUGGCUCCGAAACUCGAUGUCUGGGGCCUGUCCUGGGGAGCCCUCGGUCGUCACAGGAGAUGCGGGCCUGCGCCAAUGUGGCCACGUGCUUGCGGAAGACAAGCCACCUGCUUGUCAGACACCUCCGCUGGCUCAGGCACAAGCUCAAGGCUGCCAUCACCUGCGGUCACCCCGGGAACCCCGCCCACGGCCUCACCAACGGCAGCGAGUUCAACCUGAACGAUGUGGUGAACUUCACCUGCCACACGGGCUACCUGCUGCAGGGCGCCUCCCGGGCCCAGUGUCGGAGCAACGGCCAGUGGAGCAGUGCUCUGCCCAUGUGUCGAGUGGUGAACUGCUCAGAUCCAGGCUUCGUGGAAAAUGCCAUUCGUCAAGGGCAGCCGACUUUCCCCGAGAGUUUUGAAUAUGGAACAAGCAUCAUGUACCAUUGCAAGAAGGGGUUCUACUUGCUGGGAUCUUCCGCCUUAACCUGUAUGGCUAAUGGCUUAUGGGAUCGGUCUUUACCCAAGUGUUUGGCCAUAUCAUGUGGACACCCAGGCGUCCCUGCGCACGCGACCCUCACCGGAGAACUGUUUACCUACGGAGCGGUGGUUCACUACGCGUGCAGGGGGAGCCGCGACCUCGUGGGCAACAGCACGAGGGUCUGCCAGGAGGACAGUCACUGGAGCGGGGCGCUGCCCCACUGCACAGGAAACGAUCCUGGAUUUUGUGGGGAUCCGGGGACCCCCGCACAUGGGUCCCGGCUUGGAGAUGAACUCAAGGCCAAGAGCCUCCUCCGCUUCUCCUGUGAGAUCGGCUACCAGCUGAGGGGCUCUCCUGAGCGGACGUGUUUGCUCAAUGGCUCCUGGUCAGGACUGCAGCCCGUCUGUGAAGCCGUGUCCUGUGGCAACCCCGGCACGCCCACCAAUGGCAUGAUUGUCAGCAGUGAUGGCAUCCUGUUCUCCAGCUCGGUCAUCUACGCCUGUUGGGAAGGCUACAAGACCUCGGGGCUGAUGACUCGGCACUGCACAGCCAACGGGACCUGGACUGGCACCGCCCCCGACUGCACAAUUAUAAGCUGUGGGGACCCAGGUACACUGGCCAAUGGCAUCCAGUUUGGGACGGAUUUCACCUUCAAUAAGACUGUGAGCUAUCAGUGUGACCCCGGCUAUCUCAUGGAGCCUGUCACGUCAGCCACCAUCCGUUGUACCAAAGACAGUAUGUGGAACAGCAGCAAACCCAUCUGCAAAGCGGUCACCUGUGGCCCGCCGCCCCCCGUGCGGCACGGGAGAGUGGAGGGCGCAGACUUCCGGUGGGGCGCCAGCAUCAGCUACAGCUGCGUGGACGGCUUCCAGCCCUCCCACUCGGCCAUCCUGUCCUGCGAGGGCCACGGCGUGUGGAAAGGGGAGGUGCCACAGUGCCUGCCUGUGCUCUGCGGGGACCCCGGCACCCCUGCGGAGGCGCGGCUCAGCGGCGACAGCUUCACCUACAGGUCGGAAGUCUUCUUCCAGUGCAGACCCCCCUUCCUGCUGGUGGGCUCCUCCCGGAGGACCUGCCAGGCGGACGGCACGUGGAGCGGCACGCAGCCCGCCUGCAUCGAUCCUGCACAUAACAGCUGCCCAGACCCUGGCACCCCACACUUUGGAAUACAGAACAGCUCCAGAGGAUAUGAGGUGGGAAGCACGGUGUUUUUCAGGUGCAGAAAAGGCUACCACAUCCAGGGUUCUACGACUCGGACUUGCCUUGCCAAUCUAACCUGGAGCGGAAUACAGACGGAGUGUAUACCCCACGCCUGCAGACAGCCGGAAACGCCAGCCCACGCGGACGUGCGAGCCAUUGACCUCCCCACCUUCGGUUACACCUUGGUGUACACCUGCCACCCGGGAUUCUUCCUCGCGGCGGGCUCUGAGCACAGGACGUGUAAAGCAGAUAUGAGAUGGACAGGAAAGUCACCUGUCUGUAAAAGUAAAGGAGUGGGAGAAGUUAAUGAGACAGUUACUAAAACUCCAGUUCCUUCAGAUGUAUUUUUUAUCAAUUCAGUGUGGAAGGGAUAUUAUGAAUAUUUAGGGAAAAGACAGCCUGCAACUCUAACAGUUGACUGGUUCAAUGCAACAAGUAGUAAGGUGAACGUGACCUUCCUUGAAACCUCGCAGGUGGAGCUGAAAUUGACAGGAGUUUACAAGAAGGAAGAGGCUCACUUACUUCUGAAAGCCUUCCAAGUUAAAGGUCCCGCAGAUAUUUUUGUAAGCAAGUUUGAAAAUGACAAGUGGGGACUCGAUGGCUACGUGUCCUCGGGACUUGAAAGAGGCGGGUUUACUUUCCAAGGUGAUAUUCAUGGAAAAGACUUUGGGAAAUUCAAGCUGGAAAGGCAAGACCCCUUAAACUCGGAUCAGGACUCGGCAAACCAUCACCGCGGCACCAGUAGCGGCUCCGUCGCCGCCGCCAUACUCGUUCCGUUCUUCGCUCUGAUCCUGUCUGGCUUUGCGUUUUACCUCUACAAACACAGAACGAGACCCAAAGUUCAGUACAACGGCUAUGCCGGCCACGAAAACAGCAAUGGACAAGCUUCGUUCGAAAACCCUAUGUAUGAUACAAACUUAAAACCCACAGAGGCAAAGGCUGUGCGGUUUGACACAACUCUGAACACGGUGUGCACAGUGGUAUAGCCCGCAGUGCCCCGUCCGGACUGAUUUCAUAGCCAUACCUCUGAUGGACAAGCAGUAAGUCCUCUGGUGCCAUAUACCACUCUCCCUUCUAGUCUUGGCUUUGCUGCGGUGACCUUUCACAUCUCUGCUGGCGUCCGUGCAGCGGGAAGCUCCAGUCACGUGCGCCAGAGCCCCCUGAGGACCGGAUGACCGGAUUCUCACGCCUGGCUGCAUCUGCUCGGGACCAAGGCACACGUAAGGAAGACUGCCGAGUCACGCCAACACUUUGUACUUAAUGCCUCAGACUUUCGUAUUUCUGUGUGGCUGGGAUGCCUUUCAAUGCAAUCUUCUGGGCACGUGGAUGCAUCCCCUGGGUGCAGUGAUAAAAUGGUAGCACCGUAAUAUGUUGUUUUGUUUUUUUAACCCCCGUAAAUAUGAAUAUUCUGAAAAAAACAACAACAACAGAGCUCUCUUGAAGAAGACACCUUUCUGGUAGAGACGCACACACCUACGAACGCUUCCCUCUGUCCUUCCUGAGACCUGACAAGCUUGGAGGACUACUCACAGCUCCCCUCAAUGUCCAUUCCUAGGGCCAUUUGCAAAUUUCCCAGUCAGCUGUUCUACUGCAGAAUUUUUGAUGCACAAUUUUUUGCACUAGUGUGUUAUGAAUGACUGAGUAAGAUUCUGAUAAAAAAAUAAACUAUUUACACAGGGUUUAUACACACUAUCCAUUGUAGAUAAGCAUCUUCUCAUGUUGUCAAGCGCAACAUCCAUCAUCCAUCUGUUCAGUUGGCAUCUUAGCGAAAGGAAAUAUCCCCAGAUGUGGCACAGGUUUUAAAGGGAAAUCCGGUGUUGAAGAGAUUUAUUUUAUUAUUGCUUCUUUUAGCUACAUGUGUGUGUUGAAGUCAUUGACGAUGUCAAAUGAGGGGGGAAACACGAGGGAUUUCAGUUGCCGCACACUCUGUUCCCGCCGGCAGCACCCGUGACCACCAGCACUGCCGUACGGAGUGGCCAGGGGCUGCCCAACUUCCGUUUGCUGUGGAGAAUGUCAGUAGUAAUUUAUUUUAGAUAGUUCAUGAGCUUCUGAGGCCUGGCUCACCAUAGUCUUCCCUCCAAAUCAUGGUUUGUUCUUCCAGAGCACGGCCACUCUCUGCUGUGGCGUUGAAGGGCGUGCGGCGCAGUUGCCCCUUGAACUCAGUGGGGACCGUCCGAGAGCAGAGCAUCACAUGUUCCUCCAGGAGACAUUCCACACACUCCUCUUUCCCGAUGACACGUUUUAUAGAUCACUUUGUCCUUUGUUUCAUGCUAAUUCCAGAUGCAGAGACAACUUGGGUGAUUUUUCACAUUUAAAAUUUAUCGCAUGUUAAAUUCUGAAUGACGGUAGGAAGGACAUAGGCGUGGUCCCCGGUAUGGAUAAAAACAACAAAGGAUGAAACAGAAGACGUGGCAAUAGAUGGUGACGUCACAAAGUCAAAGUGAAGAUCGAGUUUACUUUUAUUUAUAACCGUCGGCUAAAGCGUUGUGAAAACGCAAUGCUUAUUUGGUUUUUGGGUUUUAGGCACACACUCGCCGUACGGAAAACGUCUCCCUUCAUUCCAGAGCAGCAUCGUGCAGCUUUUCAUUCCUGUUGUUGGAGUGGUCAUCUUCACACCUAGCUUUAUGGUGGACAUAGUUGUGUCUCUGUUGCAUGUGUAAAUGCAGGGCUUCAAAAGUGAAAAAAAAAUGGGGGAAAAAAAAGACACAAAAAUCCCGUCAAGAUAAGAGUCCCAUCUUUCAUGUCAUGUUUUGAUUUGAGCUCUUUAGCGGAUCUUUGACCCUUGGUGCCCACUGUCCUGUUACUCGUUCGUAGGGGCCUAUGCUGUUAGGAGGGCAUAACUGACCUCUUCUAGUUACUUCUUUGCCUUUUCAACUCCAAAUGGUGAAUUCCUUAGUAUCAUGCUGAAUUCUCUGCACCUUUUCCUCUGGCCAACCUGGUAACGUGACUGGAGAUUUGCUUUGCAGCCUGGAGCCUUUUCGCAGAUUCCUGUCCUUAGACUAGAUGAGGUCAGCCGGAGCCAGGCUCCUACCACACACACUGACCGGGAACGGAGAGGGAGCAUGAGGAAGUUCCAGGAUCGCUGUGUGCAGGGGAGAACAGGGUUACUAUAUAUAUUAGGUGUAUAUAUAUACAUACAUAUAUACAUAUAAAUAUAUUGUACAUAUAUCUAAGUUUGAGUCAUUCAAACUAGGUGCAAAAUGCUGACUUCAGAGUCUGAAUCAAUGUCUCUCCCCGCCCAUCCCUGACCUGCUUGCCGGUCAACGACGUUACAAAUUCCUGAAACGACAGGACAUACAUACACGCGGCAACCACAUAUCAGAUAUUAGAUAUUAUUUUCCUUUGUGUGCACAGCAAACGCGACCUUUGGUUGCCAGUUUGGAGCAUGUUAUUAAACACAAAAUACUCCAUGAGAUGGUCCUGAGAGCUGGCCGCCGAGUGUCUCCCUCGGGGCGUGCGCGGUGUGGAACCGACCCCCUGCGAGGCACACGUGCCCUCUGCCGCGGGGCCGCGAGACUCCUUCCGGAAGCGCCCAGAGCCCGGUGCGGGAAGGACCCCAUGCUAACACAGGUUAUGUGCUUCAGAGCUGUUUAAAACUGCUGCUUGACUCACACAUCUUGCCUUUCUUCAGGCUAGCUGCAAUAAUUUUUUUCUUCUGUAAGAUAUUUUGUAAACAACAACAACAAAAACGCUAUUAUAAAAAAAAAGGGGGACAGAACGCUGGCAUCAUGAUCAGGAGACCCAUCACCCCUCCGUCCAUCCCGUGUUAUCAUCUCACCACAUGCUGCUGACAUGAAGUAGGUGCAAACGACCUUUUUGUACAGAGAUAUAUUUUUUAUGAAGAAUUUGUAAAAUUAUUAAAUAUGCUGUAAUUUUUUGAUUAAUGUAGGUAAAUUGUUAAAAAAAAUAAAUGUUUUUACAAAUACAGAACUGUAAUUUUCCCAAUAAUGUACAAUGUACCAUCUCUAGCUGAUUUUCAGUUCCGAUCCUAUUAUACAUGUAUUAAUAUUAAAGUGGCCUGUUAAAAUGAACAGUAUCUUUUUUUGUCAAAAAAAUUAUAAAGAGAGUGUAAUAUAGCCUGUGCAAUGCCACCUAUCUUUAAAGCAAAUCAGAGUUCUAAUUAAAUAUUUAAUUUUAGA